AACGCACCAUAACAAGAGCGCGAACACGAACGGCUAUAUGGGCAACAGCAGCGGCGAGCACACCUGCUCAUGAGCCACGUCGACGACACAAUGGCCCCCGCGCAGCCCCGCUACCCGCUCCUCGCGCCGCCGGCCUUCGCGGCGGGGUACCCCGCCUCGACGGCGCGCCCAAGCUCAAUCUUCAACUUUGUCGGCGCGACGCCAGACGCGACGCUGACGGUGCGGCGCGUGCUCGAGGAGAACAACCGCGCAUACGACGUGUACAUGCGCGCGAGGUUCGCGCACAACCACUUCUCGCACUCGAUCCUGUCGCGGUACGCGCUCGGCGCGCCGCCUGCCCUGCUCCAGAAGACGUGGGAGGCUGAUCGCGGCGUGCUCGUCCCGCUGGACCCCGCGACCGAGCCGGACAGGGACGGGCCCGACAUCUCGUCGACGUUCCCGGCCGCUAUCACGACUGCCAACUGGGCGUCCAAGGCGACGCUGGGCAAGAAGCCCGCGUACCCUCUCUACCUGGCCUUCUUCCACGGCGAGGUGGCGCGCCUCGGCGUCGUGCCCACCAUCGAGACGUACCUGCUGUCAGCCGACGCCAACGGCGGCGGGGACGGCUCCGAGCUCCUCAUCCGGCUCGUGGCGGGCGCGACGCACCCGUUCAUCCACCUCGGCCUCGGCGUCGAGUUUGGCGAGCGCCUGCUCGUCGCCGAGGCGCUCGCGUCGGCGGCGCUCCACGACCACCGGGUCAAUGUCGGGCUGUUCCCCCACGGCUGGCCGCAGAUCGGCCUGCCGCAGAGCGCAGACGGCAACGCGACCCUGCUCGAGAUCUACGCCGCGCUCGUGGCUGACCCGCGCCUCGACCCGGGCCCAUUCGACCCCGAGCUCACCUAUUCAGAGGGCAUGCGCGCGUCGGUGGCCGGCGAGCGCGCCGGUGUCAUCCAGCGCCUCGUGGCCCGGUGGGACCUGUCCGACGUCGGCGACGCCGCGCUCCCCCGCCACAUCGAGGAAGUCGCGUGGCUCGCGACGCUAAUUGCCGGCGGCACCUCAAAGCCAGGCUACCCCACCCGCGUCGACUUCUUCCUCAUGCAUGUCCUCACGUCGAGCAUCUUCCUCCCGGCUCUGCUCCCCCCGUUGGGCGGCAACGGCCGGCGCAUCAUCCUGCAGACCUACGUCCUCACCAUCCUCCAGAUCGCCCUCGCGCGCGGUCGCCCCAAGCUCUACCCCGCCGAGAGCAUGUCGUGGACCGCGACCCCGGCACCCAAGGCCCCGGCGCCACCACGCGCGACCGACGUGAUCGGCGACACGGCCAGCGCGGCCGAGCGCAGCCCGUGGCUCGCGAUCGUGGCCAACUCGAUCGUGGCGACCGACUCGCACGUGCCAAAGUCGAUCCGCGCACUGCUCCACUAUGCGCAGAUGUACGGCGCGACGCAGGCGGGCGCUGUGCCCGGCGCGAACAAGAUCCCCGGCGGCGAAGCCCUCGACGGCAGCCUGUUUGUGCGCGUCGCUGGCCGCAUCAUGGAUGUCACUGGCUGGGUGGCCGCCGGGGAGCGCGAGCGCCGCUGGGACCGGUCGGGCCUGGGAUGGGACGAAGUUUGGGAUAUGCCCGACUUUGAGCGCCCGAUCGAGACGGCCAAGACUGUGGAGUAG